AUGGAACGACCUGCACGACCAGAGCUAUUUGUCAAGACUCAUAAGUAUGGACGAUGUGACUACGAAAAGUUCGACGACAACAUUUCGUCCAUUGUCCGUGCCGGGCAAGGAUCAAUUGGGAAAGUGAAGGUUGACUGUCGGUUCCUCCUCACCAAAUCCCAGUGGGGAUACAUGGGAUCAAAUCCUGGGCUUCGAAAAUGCCCGGCUGGCAUCAUCUACCUGGACCUCGAUAUAUAUCAACCCCGGGACUGCAGGCUGGAGUCAGCAACUUUUACCGUGACACUGGAGGAAGAAUACAACGAAAAGGAUGUUGUAUCACCGAACCUACCGAUGUUCCCGGUGACAAUGACUGACUAUUAUGGCCCGAAGCAAAUCCGCGGCGUGGAACGAACAAGGCAAAUAAGGCGCAAGAAGCAAGUCGUCCCGGAGGUCAACAUUCUAGGCCAUGGCGUGGGUGGACUUGGCGUCGAGACCGAAAGGAAGAUGGACGAGGCCAGCAGAUGGGCUUUCUCGGGGCAUUUGGAUUCCAGCAACGGCGGUCAUAUCUAUAACCGAUUAGUCUGGAGGUUGGACGAAAACUUUCUUGAGCAACAAUCGCUGCACAAGCCCACAAUCCACACAGCAUUUGCGCUGCAACACAAUGCGAAAGGCUUCACCAUGACUGUCGACGUGAAUGGGAGGCUAGACGCGUGGACGGACAGGUUCAAAACGAAAGUCAAGAGAAGAUUUGGAGGGAGUAAAGCCAAGUCGCGAGACACGGCGAGCAUCAAAUUCCAAUGGAGCCAGGGUUAUACCUCGUCCUCAUGGCUGGACGAGAAUGCUCGAGGUCUCCCACACGCAAUGGAGUACGAGAACAUGGUCAGCAUCCCAAUUGAGAUGCCCGACGCCCUCCCAGCCAACUUUGGCCCGCCCCAAGUAUUUAACACGGCCAACAUACCUCAUCAGAACUCACAUGAGACCACGCAAAACGUAUCACGGCCCCCCGGAGGCCAGACGACCUGGGCGAUGCCUGGACUACAUGCAGAAACGCAACCUGGAUUGUUGGAAUCCAGUGGUCCUCUUCAGCAUUUGCCGCCGUUAACCCUCGAGGAUAUGGCCAUCGCGGCUGGCUUCUCGGCACCUAGUCCGCCCGUGGCUUCAAGGCGAUCGGAGCGCUCCCCAAGGUCGCCUGUGUCGAGCGACGUGACGAUGGUGGAAGAGUCCAGGGACAGCGAAAGUGCUGGACAUAACACGGCGGCAGAAGAUGAGGAGGACGAAAACGACGAGGAUGAGGCCGUGGAUGAGCAUGUUGUUGUUAGACCAACGGAGGCGUAUCAAGGGACUCGGAGUCGGAGCCGGGCCGAGGUGCUGAAAAGAAAAUUGCAGCAAAGUGUCUGCGAGGAAGAACAAGUGGAGGAAGAAGAAGUGGAAGAGGGGGAAGCGGAAGGAGAGAGGAUAGAUGUUGGCCUAUUGCUCCUGCUGUAUUGGCUCCGAUCGACGGGCAUGACGAUUCUGGAACUGCUCUUCGCCGUUUUCACCUUCCCUUCAGAUCGAUAUCUCAUUGCGAUUCUUAACUUCACCCUGGCCCUUUUGGUUAUCCUUGAGUGGUGGGUCCUCAACUGA